UACUGGGAAAACGGAGUAGGCGCUGGAGAUAUGGAAGCAGAUAAGGGAGAAUCAUUCAUAUGCUAUAAAUGUGGCUAUACAGCCCAUACCAAACGUACUCUAAUCAAACACAUCAAAUCGGGCAAUUGCAAUUUGAAAACAGAUAUUAAAAAAGCUUCAAUCACAGCAAAUUUUUACGUUUGUACACAAUGUAGUGAAGAAUUCGAUAAAAAAAGCAAUUUGAACAGUCAUAUAGUUAAAAAACAUCCAGAGAUCAUUUCGUCACUUUCUUGCAAAGUAUACGAAUGUAAAACUUGUGAUUAUAAAACCUUGUCGAAGUGUAAUUUUAGCAGACAUAUAUUGAUACAUCAAGAUGCUUCUAAUUACAAACUCAGUUGUCCACAUUGCAACGCGACUUUUAAACAAAGAAUAGCAUUGGAGGAUCAUAUCGUAAAAAAACACCCAGAGUUUGUUAAAUCUAUUAAACGAAGUAUAUACGAAUGCCCAAAUUGUCCAUAUAAAACUGUUAUAAAACAUAGAAUUGAUGAACAUGUAAUGAUACAUUCUGACGCAGUCCCGAUGCAUAAAUGUAUACAUUGUAAAGCGGCCUUUAGGAGGAGGAGGACGUUAGAAGAUCACAUUGUGAUAAAACAUCCAGAAGUCAAAUCGUCAGUGACAAGAAAGAUAUAUCAAUGUCCAUAUUGUUCAUAUAGAACUCUUGAUACCAACAAGUUCCAGACACAUUUGUUGAAACAUCCUGGUGCUGUUUCUAGUAUAAAAUGCGAAUAUUGCAAUGCGGUAUUUCAGAAGAAUACAAGUUUAGGUGAUCAUACAAUACAAAAACACCCUGAGCAUAUAACCGCAGUUACUUGUAAGAUACAUCAUUGUCCAGACCCGACUUUGUGGGACUGCGAAAAUACUGGGAAAAAGGACUAGGCGUUGGAGAUAUGGAAGCAGAUACGGGAGAGUCAUUCAUAUGCUAUAAUUGCGGCUAUAUAGCUCGUACCAAACGUACUUUAAUCAAACACAUCAAAGUCGGCAAUUGUAAUUUGACCACGUAUACAAGCGCGCAUUCGGCAAACGUAUACGUUUGUAUACAAUGUAGUAAGGAAUUCGAUAAGAAAGGGAAUUUAGACAGUCAUAUAGUUAAAAAACAUCCAGAGAUCGUUCCGACACUUUCUUGCAAAAUAUACAUAUGUGAAGUUUGUAAUUAUAAAACUCUCCGUAAGUGUAACUUGAACAGACAUAUAUUGACACAUCAAGAUAACUCUAAUUACAAACUGAAUUGUCCACAUUGCAACGCGACUUACGGAGAACGAAAAGGAUUGGAUGAUCAUAUAGUAAAAAAACACCCAGAGUUUAUGAAAUCUGUUAAACGAAGUAUAUACGAAUGUCGAAAUUGUCCAUAUAAAACUGUUUUUAAAAGCAGACUAGAUGAGCAUUCAAUGGUACAUUCUGACGCAGUCGCGAUGCAUAAAUGUAUACACUGUCUUGGGACCUUUAAAACGGGGAGGGCAUUGGAAUAUCACAUAGUGAUAAAACAUCCAGAAGUCACAACGUCAGUGACCAGAAAGAUACAUCAAUGUCCAUAUUGUUCAUUUAGAACUUUCCGUAAAGAGAAGCUCCAGACACAUUUGUUAAAACAUCCUGAUGCCGUUGCUAACAUCAAAUUGAUCGAAUGUGAAUAUUGCAAUGAUGUAUUCCGGAGGAAUACAAGCUUGGGUGAUCAUAUGAUACAAAAUCACCCUGAGCAUAUGUCUGGCGUUACGUGUAAGAUCUAUGAAUGUCCAGUUCCAACUUGUAACUACAGAACAACAACAAAAUACAAUCUGGUCAAGCAUAUGCCGACUCAUCCAAAUAUCACUAAUUACAAAGUCAAUGCAUGCCCAGUGCCAACUUGUAAUUAUAGAACAACAACGAAACGCUAUAUGGUCAGUCAUAUGAAAACACACCAAGAUGACAAAUCCAGUUCGUGUGUACAUUGCAACGCGAUUUUUAAACAAAGAAAAUCAUUAGAUGACCAUAUAUUGAAAAAGCACCCAAAGUUUGCUGAAUCGGUGAAAAGAGUUAUCUACGAAUGCCCGUAUUGCCCAAAUAAAACCGUUUACAAAUGGAAGCAUGAUGAUCAUUUACUGGUACAUCCUGACGCAGCCCAUAAGUUGGUCCUCCUCAAAUGUAUGCAUUGUGAAUCGACCUUUAAAAUUAAGAGGGAACUUGACGACCACAUAGUGAGAAAACAUCCAGAAUUCAUGGCGUCAGUGACAAGAAAAAUUCACCAAUGUCCGUAUUGUCCAUAUAGAACUGUCAAAAGUACGCUAGAUAAGCAUUUGAUGAAGCAUCGCGAUGAUGUUUCUAGCACAAAGUUGAGAACGUGUAGACAUUGCAAUAAGUCGUUCAAACAAAAAGAAUCGCUAGAUAAUCACAUGCUUAAAGAACAUCCAGAAUUCACGGAAUCGGUGACAAGAAAUGUACAUCAAUGUCCAUAUUGCCCAUAUAGAAACGUCAGAAAAGUUGCGCUGGAUAGGCAUAUCACAACGCAUCCUGAGGCUGAUUCUAGUAUAACGUUGAUAACAUGUGAACAUUGCAACAAGUCGUUUAAACGAAAACAAUCACUACAUGAUCAUAUAAUUAGAAAACAUCCAGAUUUUAUCUCGUCCGUUACUGCGAAAAUACAUGAAUGUGCACAUUGUCCGUACAAAACCAUGAGGCGAAAUGAUCUCAAACUUCACGAAACAACUCAUCAUGAUGCAAGCACAUCUCAAUGACCUGUUCUACGUACCACAUUUCGAAUAACGAAUUCGAUGACGCUGUAGCUCGAGCUUAAGGCCAUCGCGUAAAACGCCUCGAUCACAAUUUAAUUAAAAGUUUAAUCAAACCAAUUAACGAAUUUUAUCAAUCAUGUGACAGCUAUCAAGUUCAAUUGAAUUCGGAUUUCUAAAACAUUUUAAUUGAAUUUAUUAAACUAGUUUAAUUAAAUCAAUAAACCGCUUACUUGGAUUAAGUACACCAGUUUAUUUAAAUUUAAUGGAUUAUUACAAUCAGUUUACUGCCCCAAGUAAAACUGUUUAUUUUUUUUUCGAGUCUCCUCCUUUUGAGAAGCAUUCUAUAUAAUAAUUUAUUCAUAAGGGCAUUUAAUUUUUCCGAAAGAAUCUAAAUACUACGUUGCUAAGUAAUAUUUCAACAAGAAGCAUGAGUACCGUGGGCAACAAAAAUCCGAGUAUAAUACGAAUAUGUUUUUAUCAAGUUCAAUUCAAUUGCGAUUUCUAAAACAGUUUAAUUGAAU